ACUGAGCCAGCAUGGCCUGUAAACAACAACAGCGGAGGCAGUGGCGUCAGGUUGAAGUAAACUGGAUCUGAGCGUCGGCCUGUUGUCUGGCUGUUUCCCUUUACUUAACUCCGGCGACCACGGGGAAGUGGUUUUCAACAAUGUGUCCGAGGUGUGUCUGAUUGAUAUCCUUCAGACAGGACAUCAUCCUCUCCACUGGGUUGCAUAUAAGUCAUGUCCUCACAGCAGCCCAACAGUUCAGCCUCCAACAGCCCCACCAACAUCUUGGGUUCUCCGUUCUCAGUGAUUAGCCCCUCACUUAACUCUCCAGUGGUCUCACCCUCUCUGGGAUUUGGACCCAUCAGCAACAGUCAGAUCUCUUCCUCAGCAUCCAUAUCAGGGAUGCACUCCAUAAGCAGUUCGGAGGAUGUCAAGCCUCCUUUUGGCUUGAGGCCUAUGCCACCACACAGCCCUGGAAUAAUGAUGUCUCAGAAGCGUCUGUGUGUCAUCUGUGGAGACCGCUCCUCUGGCAAACACUAUGGAGUGUACAGCUGCGAGGGAUGUAAAGGUUUCUUCAAACGAACUGUGCGUAAAGACCUGAGCUACACCUGCAGGGAUAACAAAGAGUGCCUGGUUGACAAACGCCAGCGCAACCGCUGCCAGUACUGCCGCUACCAGAAGUGCCUGGCUAUGGGCAUGAAGAGGGAAGUGGUCAAACAUGUAAAAUGGAAUAAAGAAGAUGGAAAAGAUGAGGGAUGGAUGACGGUCCAGGAGGAGCGCCAGAGGAACCGUGAGCGUGAAGGAGAGUUGGAGGUCAGUGUUGGCGUGAAUGAGGAGAUGCCUGUGGAGAAGAUCUUGGAGGCAGAGACUGCAGUAGAGCAGAAGACUGAGCUUCAUUCUGAUGGAGGCUCUGCAGGCAAUUCUCCACACGACGCAGUCACCAACAUCUGUCAGACUGCUGACAAACAGUUGUUUGCUUUAGUGGAGUGGGCGAAGAGAAUCCCUCAUUUCUCUGAACUGCCUCUUGAUGAUCAGGUCAUCCUCCUGCGUGCAGGAUGGAAUGAGCUCCUCAUCGCCUCCUUCUCCCAUCGCUCCAUUGCUAUGAAGGAUGGAGUUCUCUUGGCGUCUGAGCUGCAGCGUAACAGUGCAGGAGUUGGAGCUAUUUUUGACAGGGAGAAUGUGCAGAGUGCAGAGGUUGGCGCCAUAUUUGACAGGGUUCUCACUGAGCUUGUCAAUAAAAUGCGUGAUAUGCAAAUGGACAAAACAGAGCUGGGCUGCCUCCGAGCCAUUGUCCUCUUCAACCCAGAUGCUAAAGGGCUUUCCAACACCAGUGAGGUGGAGCUCCUGAGAGAAAAGGUCUAUGCAUCAUUGGAAGCCUACUGUAAACAGAAAUACCCAGAGCAGCAGGGAAGGUUUGCCAAGCUCCUACUUCGGCUGCCGGCUCUAAGAUCCAUUGGCUUGAAGUGCUUGGAGCAUCUCUUUUUCUUCAAGCUGAUUGGUGACACACCUAUUGACACUUUCCUCAUGGAAAUGCUUGAAGCUCCCCAUCAGUUGUCUUAGAUAGGAAACGUGUACUGUGGUUAGGUUCAGAUAGCUGAAGUCUAGGAAGCUGGAGUGGGACUGGAGUGGCACUUUAAGUUCUUUGAAGAUUUGUCAAUUUGGCUCACUUCUCUCUGUGUCGCACUUUCUUAGUGCGACACAGAUUUGCUCUUUAGACCAAACCCAAGGCGUGGCAUGAUUUACAUGCUGGUGCUAUAUGUUGAAAUAACUUCAUGAGUAACUAUGGUUAUAAAAAAAAAAAAGUAUUUUUAAAAAUGUAAACAUUUACAUAUUUCCCUCACAGGAAUUGCUAUAAUUUGGGUACACCUUUUUAUAUAAACUUUUUAGACACCUUCAACGUUAAGCUUCAGUUGUUUCUUAAGGUGAACUGAUACCUAAAGCCUGUUCUUUAAAAGGAAGGCAAACUGAAUUGUGAAUACGCAUUAUGGAAAUGGUCUUCUUUUUAAAACUUCUAAAUUGAACCAGACCUGUCACAGCUCUGAGUUUACUUCUAAAUAUUGCAAAAUCUAAAAUCCCAACAGUGACCCUGGGAUAGACAGUCGGUGUCCACGUUAAUUGAGGAUCAGCUAUGUGUCUGUUAAUAUACAGGUAGUGUUGUUUACUUUGCCAUUUUAUAAAUCUAAUCACUUUGUGGUUAACAAUUAGACUGCACUGCACAUUUGCUAUGUACUAUUUCUAAAACAUACUUGUAACAAACACCGGGGCCUCUGAAAUGGUCAGGUGUUUGUCUUUUGGUGCUAUUUCAGAGAUAAUUUGACUUUGUCGGUGCAGAUGCACACAGAACCACAAACCUAAGAAAAUAUGCAAAACUGAAAAUCCUUUUGUUAAUUUUUAUUGAAAAUGUAGCAAUAUAAAAUGUAAAAUGCAUAAGAGCUUUCUGCCUGUUAGUCAUUCAGGGGUUUUACAAAGUAAAUCAAAUCAUGUCUGGUGGAAAGGGAAUAUUCCAUUUUGUAAUUUAUCUAUACAAUUCUAAGGUACUGUGCAAAAGCAAUUGUUCAGGGAAAAUGUACAUUGACAAAUUUGAAUUAUGAUCAGGAGAUACAAAUUAUAUAAUUCUUAUGUGCCCUUGUUUUUAGUUUUCAGCUAGUAUAAAGCAGAACGUGUCUUGGGUUGCACUGGAUUUGCUGAGAUUGUUUCAGCUCAUUCCCCCCCACCUCCCUUUUUUUGACGCUAGGUUGUGUUUCCUAUUACCCCCCCUUUAAAAGUAGCUGUCUUGUUCAUUGUAAUGUCUCUGCAAUUAAUUGAAAGCAAACCAUAAUCACAUUUCGAUCCAAAAACACCUGUGGACAUAGGAAUUUUAAACAAGACCAAAUGAGGUCUAAGUAAUGGCCAUGUGCAAACACCAGAUGAGCUGCGUUGGUGAGCUUGUCAUAGACCUUUGUAUGCUCUUGAACGUAAGUGACUUUAAGCAUGGGUUGUGUGGACUAAAAAUAAAGAGGCUUAAGUUUU